GCGACUGCUGAUGUUUGGGAUGCAAACCACUUGUACGUGGAUACGUAGUUUGCUGGACGCUGUCGAGGAUGGUCGUUUGACCUGACUGAAAUCCUAAAGGCCGUGUCAAGGUCAUGUCCCAGAGAGCAAAGCGGAAGACUGCCAUGAUGACUGCUGAGGUUGUGCCCGGUCCAUCCACGACCGCGCUCGAACGCACUGUUAAGGAAGCUGUUAAUAUAGAAAUUUCUCCGGAAAAGAAAGCCAAAGUUUCCUCUGAAGAGUCGAGCUCUUCUGGCGAAGAAAAGAGUCCAGAGGAAAUUCAGCUUUAUAUGGAGGAAACAUUUGACAUUCGGAGAACAUUUAUAACCAUGGAGAUGCCCACAGUGGCAACGUUAAAAGAGACUUACCCUCAAUUAUUUCAGGGUAGGCAAAUGUUAGCUGAGUUCCAACGAGUGACCAAUAUAGACAUAGACCACACCAUACAGGAAUACUGUGUCAAGUAUGCUAACACAAUUAUAGAUAUCGCCAAGCACGUGUCAGGAUCUAACCCAAUUCUCCGCCAGGCGGAGACCAUCAAACAACAGAAUGCAGCAUUAAAGCAGUACUGGGACAUGGUGACAGCGCUGUGUCUGGUGCCGCUUCUCCUGAAGGAGAACCUUGUAGAAAUGGUGCGUGAGAUUGGGGAAGAGGACACUGUGGAUCCUAAAGGGAAAAUCGUCCCUAUUCUUGUGUCCAAAGGUCCCUUGUUUCACAGUGAUGAAUUUGUUCUAGUCGUUGAGGAAGAGAUCGUUCAAGAGUUUGAAGAAUUUACCAUAGCUUUUGCUACACUGUUUGCGUCAUAUUGGGUUUUCAACAUGCAGUAUCCAAAGACACUCCAUAACACAUAUAAUUUCAUGCAAAAAUCUGUCCUUCAAUUGAGGGAUGGUUCUCCCCUCCCACCUCCGUGUAAACAGUUGGUCCAGCGCCUGCAGAAAGCUGGUGUCUCAGGACAACACAAAGGAAAAAACGCAAGAUAGGCGUCAACGAAACAUAUCAUACCAUGCAUUCACAAAACCUUUUAAUAUGUAGUACCCCGCAAUCAUAGGUAAUGAUAUGACUGUACAAAGCCAAACAGUAACAGGUAACCAUAGGCAACACCACAAUCUCUUUGAGCGCCAUAGGAAAUACUGUGUAACCAUAGACCACACAACGACCUCACAGAUCCAAAACAUGCAAUGCAGUCAAAGGCAAUACCCUGACCUUGCCAAAGUCCAACCACAGCAACACAACCAUUUUAGACCACGAAACUUUAAUCAUCAUUCCAUGACCUCAUGGAAACAGUGAUGAUACCACUUUACCAGGUCUUAUCGCCAACUUACAUUAUCUUGGGCUACUGUUAGUUUAACACAGGCUAAAUCUUGCCCAUAACUACGAGUUACGGGUACAUAAUUUCACUACAUCAAAACAAAUUGACUUUGUGCCACGCAACGAUCAUAUUUUAUGCAUAACCAAAGGACAUACCAAAAUAUAUCACAGACACUAUUGUCACACUAAGUUACGUUGUUAGUCCAAGCAUCCUCACACAGUCCCAAGUCACAAUACUAUGUUGAUAGACACUAAUGCUCUGAACUUCCAGUCAUGACACCACUGCCUUUACAGAACAUUAAAUCAUACCGCGUGUUUCGCUUGUAUACCUGAGACAAGGACCAAACAUUAUGAUAACAUGCAUCGUACUAGGUAUAAGACGCUAGCUAUAGGUUGACCAAUGUUGUAAUUCACCUGCAUAUGUGUCUAUAUGAUCCGUGUCAUAAUUAAUUGGGUUAAUUAUCGCGUUAUUGGUAUCUCACACUAUCUUAAUAAGCACACUUGUGUUGAUGGGGUCGUGGUUAAAUUUAUACUUGGACAAUUUUUAUAGCAUCAAAUGAAUAACUUUGUUUACCUGUCUCAGAAUUAUAAAAUUUAUCGGUAGGAAGUCGGGUAUCCUCUUACAACUCCAUGUCUCGAUAUACUAAUCAUAAUUGUCUUUAAAGACUAAUUGUAUCCUUAUCUAGGUAUACUCGUCCUCUGGUCAUUGCACGUAAAGGGACAGGGAUUUAGUUAUUGUUUUGAAAAAAGUCUGUUGUUGCUGACCUAAUGUUUUGAUAAAUUUCAACACAUAAGAUUUGUAUAAUGUAUUUUCUUACUUCGAAAAAACUUGCAUUUGAUCUCCCAUGAGCAUUGUUGAGUUAAUAAUCUGUGCAGUCGAGUGAAUGGUGUAUAUUUCACGUGUUAGGAGCAAUAAUAUCACCUGUCCUCGCGCAUUGUGUUGAUUUUGAUGAUAUAUGUUUGUCUGGUAGGUGUGGCAUAGAUACUGUAUCCAAAUUUUGAUUUUGAUCAUAAUGCUUAAGAACUUCACUUUUAUUAUCUGAUCCUCCGGUUUUGGUUGUCAAUGGGUUUUAAAUUGUAAAAUUAAAUGUUGUCAUUGGUUAAAUAUUUACACUCUACUGUGAAAUUGCACAAUUGAUUAAAUGCAAGAGUGGUACAUUCAUAAUAUGUGAAUAAAAGGAGAAAACUGGGGAAAGUUUAAAUAAUGGAUCAAAUAUUGAAGAAGUUUUUAGCAGAUCAAUCAAACGAGAGGGUGCUGAUAUUACAUGGGGAAGUGUUAACAGAAAAGGGUGAUUAACAUGGGAACAAAGGACUUAACAAUGCAGAUAGAGUAAAAAAUAAGGUGGGAAAAUAGGCGCAGGGUAGGGGUUAGAAUACGAGUUGUGAGGAAGUUUAAGAAUAAGAAGAGUGAUAAACAAUGGAAGGGAAAAGUGAAAGGACAGGGCAAUGGUGAAGAUGAAACAAAGAAAAUUGAACAAGUGAGGGAGUAUUGUAUACAUUAAACAAUACAAAUUAAACAAUGGGGCAAUGAAGGAAUGGAUAGUACACAAGGGAUGAGACAAUGUUAAACUUUAAAGAAUAAAAUGAGAAACAGGGAGGGUAAAGUGGUAAACAUUAAACAAUAGAAAGUGAACAAGGGAGGGGGCAAUGAUAAACAUGAAGCAAUACAAAGUGAACAAGGGAGGGGGCAAGGGUAAACAUGAAACAAUAGAAAGUGAACAAGUGAGGAUUUAAUGAUAAACAUUGAAGAAUACAGAGAGAAAAAGGGGUGGGACAUUGGUAAACUUUAAAGAAAAUACGAGAACAGGCAAGGGGUCAAUGGUAAACAUGAAACAACACAAAGGGAACAAGUCUGGGGGCUAUGUUUAACAUGCAACAUUAAAAAGGCAACAAGAAAGGAGACAAAAUAACAAAGAUACAUUGGAAGGUGAACAAGGGAGGGGCAAUAGUAAUCAAUGAAUAACAUGAAUGGUAUUUAAGGAGUGGGCAUUGAUAAACAAUACACAAUAAACAAGGGAGAAGAAAUAGUGAACGAGAUAGGGAAAAGAUAUACAUGGGGAAAACAAGGAAAGGUGGUAGUGAACAGGGGGGCAUGGAACCUGGUUUUAUUAACUUUCGGGAUUCUAACAGUUAAAAAACCUAGAGCUCAGUGUCAUAGAAACUUGAGAUAUUGAAAAUAAAUACAAAUGGAUUAUUUGUCUUUCACGCAGCAACAAAUUAUAGGUAAUAUACACAACUUGAGAAUAAGUAAGGAGUUAAGCCAGUGAAAACAAAGACAAAUUGAUUUUUUGUCUUUCACACAAAUUGUAGAUGACACAUGUUGAGUAAGGAGUUAAUAAAUAUAAAGCAAUAAAGCGAAGGGGCUAAUAAAACAAUGGGAACAUUGGUUUCUGCAGCUAAGAAAAUGUUAGCAAGAAGGGAAGAUAAAACCAUGAAAACAAAGAUUUGAGUGGAAGAGGAUUUUGAACAAAGGAGACUGGAUGAACAACAGUAAAAUGACUUGGUUCUAGUUUUUGUUGAAUUGUUUUCAAUUUUGUCUUAUUUUUCUUGAAUUAUUUGAAUUUGAAAAUAUGCAGUAACAACUUCAGGUUGAUCUGAUUGUACAAUGACUCUUUUUGUCACUUUAUUACUGACUUGUAAAGAUUUUACUCUUUUUCAUCAUAUUAAUUAUGAUUAAUAUUUCA